AUGAAGCAUAGGGUAAGUGCGGACGACUGCUAUCAGAUUGCGCAUAAUAUCGAUGAUCAUAUAUUUGGCCACAAGAUGUGCCAAGAGUUCUGCCUUGAUGAUCUCAAGAAAAUUCUCGGUAUGGUUCAACUUGAUAUUAAGCAAGCGAUCACAUUGUUUUCGGACGGCAAGCAGAUUUUCAGGACUCAUCAGGCGUUCAGGAUAUUCCAGCAUACCAAAGUCAACUUUGGAGAGGAUUACAAGACAAUUUUGGAAUUCAUCAAAGUUCUUCACAAAUCUCUCAAAUCUCCAAUAUUAAAGUCAAUCUAUAAGACAUUCAAGGAUCUUUCAAAUGAUUCCAUUUCAAAAUCUUCUGAAAUUAAUAAUCUAAAGAGCCAAAUUGAUGAACUGCAGAAGCAAAAUGAAAUGUAUAAGCAGCAUAUCGAAGAGCUCAAGAAGAUUAUUGAAAAUAUUGAUCCGAAGUUAAUUCCUGCAGAUCCAGAAAUUUCAGAGCCUUCAAAGCCCCAGAAGAUCAGUAAAUUUGUUGAACAGUUGAAGAAUUACAAACCAACACCUGAAGAUUUCAAGCAAAUUUAUUCCAUUCUCGAUCAAAGCGUAAAAGAAGACGAUAAUGAUGCAAUUAAGUACGCUAUCGAUAAUGGAUUUGAUAAAGUUGCUUUGAAGGGAAGUAAUCUCUUAUUAACAGCUGCAUCAGAAAAUAAUUUUGAACUUGCAAAGGCAAUUGCUGAAAAUGGAGCCGAUAUUUUUGCAAAGUCCGAAUCUGGUGCCACAGUUCUCCAUUACUUCGCAAGAGAUGGAAAUCUUCCUGCUCUUAAGUAUUUCUGCAAUAUUAAGGGCAUUGAUUUGAAUUCCCGCAACAAGACUGAUAAUACUCCAUUGCAUUUCGCUGCUUGGAACAAUAAACUCGAAGCUGUGGAGUAUUUAGCUUCAUUCCCUGAAGUAGACAUCAAUGCGAAGAAUAAGGAAGGUAAAUCACCUUUCAAGUACACAAGAUCAGAAGAAAUCAAGUUGUUCCUCAGAUCAAAAGGUUGUAUUGAUUAA